AAUGUACCCCAUUUGCAAGUAAAAAAUGUCGGACAUUUUGUUUCCUUUUUGAUUGGAAUGAAGAAAUUGUAAAAGAAAGUGAGUAAUUCAUUUGACCUUGACCUUCAUAAACAUGGAGUUGACGGUUGAACAGCUGGCAUCGAGGUACGAGAGACUGAGAAAUGAGGAUGUGUACAAGGACGUUACCCUGACGUCACAUGACAGUGUCGUUUCAGCUCACAAAUGUAUUUUAUCCAUUGGUAGCGAAUUCUUCCACUUGUUGUUUAGGCAGGCAGAGAGGAAGAGGGACAUGUUUCACAGAUCAUCGUUUGAGUUGGUAGGUCUGUCACCUGAGGAUGCAAAGCACCUGGAGGCGGUCAUUGAUUUCCUCUACAGCGGCAUUAUAUACAUGAAUAACGUAAACUUUACUGCGAUCAUAAAACUAGCAGAUUAUCUCGCUAUAGAAGAACUAUUUGACCUGGCCGAGAAGUACCUUGAAAUGAAUGUCACAAAAGAAAAUUGUCUCAAGUUCUAUUUGGACAUGAAGAAAGCCUUUGAUGCUGAUACAUCUAAGGGAUCCAGCAGUUCUAACAGGAAGUCCGAAGAUUUGUUGAAAAUGGUCUGGGAAACUGUUGAGGCCAACUUUUAUGACCAUGUUAUUGAUCAUCAUGAAUUCCUAGAGGUGAUUCCAGACGUGAUAGAAGAACUGUUACAGAGGAACUUUGUUUUACAGAAAGUGCUGAAACUUGCUGUCAGGUGGAUGAAAACAUGGCCUCUAGGAGUCACAUUGGCAGAGAAUUUGGUAAAUAUUACACACAGUAAAUUGAAUACUAUAUCAGAAGAGAAACUCACUGAUAAAAGUAAAGCUGACAUUGUUGCUUUGGUAACAACAAUUAGAGAAGAGGUCAAGUUGAGAACAGUAUCGGAGAGUAAUAUGGGGAGUAUUCUGAGGAAACUCGGAGAAAUUCAGGCCGUCUUUGAUAGCAAUUACAAUCUUAUUGAAUCAGAAGAAGAAAAAGUAUCAACGGACAAUAAAGAUGAAACACAAGGUGUUUCUAUGGAAACAGAUACUGAAGCACAGUGUGCAGCUGAUAAGACUGAGGAUAAAAUGGAUGAAUCUAUUACAAACAAUACUGAUAAUUCCAAAGAUAAAGUAGAAAGUGAGGCAGACGUUUCUGUCAUUAGUAACAAUACUGAAAGUGAGCCAGGGAGUGGACUGGUAAUUAAUAAACAUCAAAAUAAUGAUAAAGACAAAGGAAAGAGUGAUUUUAAAGAAAUGGCUGAUGAUAGUGAUAUAGAUUGCAAGUUAGGUAAAAAGUCAUUACCAAGAACUAGGUCAAAGUCAAGAAGAUCCACUGAUGAACAAAUUCAGAAAGAUAUUACUGUCAGUGUUAACAAGGUUAAAACAGUAGAGAAAGAUUGUAUAGGUGGGCAUGAAAAAAACGAAAUUGUUAUAUAUGUAGAUGAUAUAAAGGAAGAAAAUGGUAAAACGAAUGUCGAAACUUUGGAACAUGUGGCGAGAGGGUUAAAGGGAGUUGGUCCCGACUGUGUUGGAUUGACGGAGAGGAUCAAAUUGGAUGGAACAGAAGUUGAUGUUUCAGCAAGUGGAGAAAACUCUGAUGCAAAUACACAAGAAAAGGGUGAAGAAGCAGAGUCUACUCUUCAUGACAGAGUUGCUGAAUGUCUCAAACUCCAAAGAGUGGUAAAAGAAGAAAAGGACAACAAUGGAACCCAACUGACUAAAAUUAAACCCGCUAAAGGUAAAAGAAAACGAGGUAGACCAAAGAAACAUGUUGAUACAGAAACAGAAUAUGAGGAGUCAAAAGAAGACACAACAAUAGGUACUAGAAGAAAGACGAGAGGGGUGAAGCGGAAAAUUGUGGACUAUAACUAUGGAUUGUCGGACUCGGAUGAUGACGAAACUGUCGUUAAGGUUGAAGUUGAAGUUGUAAAUGAAGGGGAGUUUAUGAUCGAAGAAAGCCAAGGGACUGAGUCUGAAUGUGAUAAAGAAAUAAGAAGCGAUGUCGAAGGUGAUAGUGAAGAUGAUUACUCUGAGGACAUCUUUGCUGAGGCUUUAAAACAAGCAUCUGGUUUUGACAUGCUUGAAUCGGAAGAUUCAAAACCCUUGAGAAAAAGACAGCCUAGGAAACCUGGCCAUCAUGAGUGUGAAAUAUGUGAAAAGGUGUACUCACAAAAGUACCGGCUUACACAGCAUAUGAAUACACAUUUAGGAAUAAAACCGUACAAAUGUGUAGUAUGCUUGCAGAAUUUUAGUCGGUCCGACCAUGUAGUACGGCAUAUGAAAAGUCAGCAUUGCGAUAUGGAUUUGUUCAAGUGUGAUGAAUGUGAUGAAGAAUUUGAAAAAGUGAACGAAAUGGUUACGCACUCUUUAAUUCAUAUUCCGCAGCCUGGAUAUGCCAGUGAAAAGUAUACAUUAUUUACAGAUGCAGAAAAAGAAUUUAUAGCAAUAUCAACACACGAGACUGGGAAACAGCAAUAUAAUUGUAUCAAAUGCAAUGUGAUAUUCAGAAGGCCUUACCAAGCACGAGAGCAUAUAAAUUUCCAUACAGGCAGUAAACCCUAUAAAUGUAAUUUAUGUGACAACACUUUUGCUAAGAAAGAAAAUUUAACGGCGCAUAUAAGAACUGUGCAUGAAGGAAAGCGAGGCGACUUUAAGUGCGAUAAGUGCCGUCGAUAUUUCAUGAAGAAGGAGAGUUACGAAGUUCAUGUUGAAAAAUGCCAACCAAAUUAUGUCUGCGAACACUGUCCAUUGAAAUUCUACCGGAAAACGCAUUUAGAUAAUCAUAAAUCAGUGCACGAUCUUGUCCCCCAACAUAAAUGUCUACAUUGUGACAACAUGUAUAGGUAUAGGAAACACAUGUUACGACAUAUUAAAAAAGAUCACAAACACGAGGUGGAGACACCGGUGCCUUGUAUAUGUGACAUAUGUGGGGUAGUUGUAAAGAACAAAGAGGCAUUGUAUCGACACAAGAAGGUUCAUAAGAUGCCAGACAAAGAAUGCGAUGUCUGUGGGAAGGCCUUCAAGGAUAAUACAACACUUAAGGAUCAUAAGUUAAUGCAUACAAACAUUCGAGACUACCAGUGUGAGAUUUGUUCCAUGUUGUUUGCACGGAAAGGUAAUCUUAUACGGCACCAGAAACGGCAUCGUGGCGAGCGCAAGUACAAGUGUGAGCAGUGCGGGAUGUGCUUUGUAGCAAACUGCGACCUGACAAGACACAAGAACACCCAUUUAGGUGUUAAGAAGUUUCCAUGUCGUUAUUGUGGUAGAAAAUUCAGCCUGAAAAGUAAAGUAGUUAUACAUGAGAGGACUCAUACAGGUGAGAGACCAUACGUUUGUAGAGACGAGGGAUGCGGGAAAACAUUUAAGCAGACUGGGGACCGAGUCCGACACGAGAAAAAGGUCCACAGUCUGACAUUUAACAAAUACAUGACAUUGUACGAACUUGCAACGGGCGAGUCGGAAGACAUCUACAAGCAAACAGACAAUAAGGCUCCUACAAACAAAGUGACAACCCUCCCGGCAAACCCAAGUUAUGAAAUACCAGCCGAUUUAAAGUUGGGUGCAAAUAUGAACAUUAAUAUGGAUUUAAACUCAAGUCAAGUGACAGAUUUAACUGUCAACUUGAGCUCUAGUCAGGCCUCCGGCAAGAGUGAGAAGCCAUUGAACGAUGAAGGUUCCGGUCAGAUAAACGGUUCAAGCCCCGCCCAAGCUGCUAACUUUACAGCAAGCAGUCUCGCUGCAUUAGAUAAAAGUAUAAUAAACGCUGCGACUGCCAGUUUUACUCCAAAUAUGAAUAAUUCAUUCAUCGAGGAGGCCGAAAUGAGCAAGAUAUUUCAGAAAACUGUGGCGGCCAUAAGCCAAGAGGCUAUUGCAAAAAGUGGUAUAUAUAACUGAGACUGUACCAUUAGGUUGGUAUAUAUAAUUGAGACUGUACCAACAGGUUGGUAUAUAUAACUGAGACUGUACCAUUAGGUUGGUAUAUAUAAUUGAGACUGUACCAUCAGGUUGGUAUAUAUAACUGAGACUGUACCAUUAGGUUGGUAUAUAUAAUUGAGACUGUACCAUUAGGUUGGUAUAUAUAAUUGAGACUGUACCAUCAGGUUGGUAUAUAUAAUUGAGACUGUACCAUAAGGUUGGUAUAUAUAAUUGAGACUGUACCAACAGGUUGGUAUAUAUUAUUGAAACUGUACCAUUAGGUUGGUAUAUAUAAUUGAGACUGUACCAUCAGGUUGGUAUAUAUAUAUAACUAAGUCUGUACCAUUAGGAAAUUUGUUUACAUACGGGGAAGUUUUGUUUGGUUGAGACAUCGACGUCCCCUUAAGCUUUUCUGGAGCAUAAGUCAGUCAUUAUAAGUCGGAUUGUCUUCAAACUUGGUAUGCAUGCUUCUUAUAAUGACCUGAAGUACAGUGCACACGAACCGGUACUCUGCAUUUCAUAUUUUUUGAGUUAUUGCCCUUUGUUAAUUUUCAUACUUUAUUUUUGUCCAGGCCAUUUCUCCUAAAGUAUAAAAGCUAUGGACAUGAAACUUCAUAGGAUGAUAGAUCUCAGUAAGAAAAAGUGCAGUGCUAAAGAACCGGUACUCUGCAUUUCUUAUUUUUUGAGUUAUUGCCCUUUGUUUAUUUUCAUACUUUAUUUUUGUCUGGGCCAUUUCUCCUAAAUUAUUAAAGCUUUGGACAUGAAACUUCAUAGGAUGAUAGAUCUCAUUAAAAAGAAGUGCAGUACUCUGCAUUUCUUAUUUUUUGAGUUAUUGCCCUUUGUUAAUUUUCAUACUUUAUUUUUGUCCAGGCCAUUUCUCCUUAAGUAUAAAAGCUAUAGACUUAAAACUUCAUAGGAUGAUAGAUCUUAUUGAUAAGAAGUGCAGUGCACAGAAACUGCAGCUCUGCACUUCUUAUUUUUUGAGUUAUUGCCCUUUGUUAAUUUUCAUAUUUCAUUUUUGUCCUGGCCAUUUCUCCUAAACUAUAUUGUUCACAAGGCAACACAUCCGACUCGUGGAGUUCUAGUUAUAAUUUUAAUUAUAAUCUAUUUUUUUUGUUUAAUCAUUGUUGUAUUUUUGUUAAAAACAGCUAAAAUAUGUUUUUUAUAAGAAAUAUCCAUUCUCUUAUAUGCUGCUCUUUUUUAUUGAUACUUGGAUGUAUUGUUUAUUUUAUUUUACUAUUCUUAAAAUGAAAAAGAAUUAUUAUUUAAAAGAGCACUACCAAAAUAGAGAUUAUAAGUUAUAAUUAAAUUAAUGCAUUUUCGUAAGCAUAUUUCUGUUAAGCCUGCUGAAGUUAUUCAAGAACAAGUUCACAAUUUCAUAAAUUUAAUAACUCAAAAUAGGAAUUAGAUAAGUAACUAUUAAAAGUCUUCACUUUAAACUUCGGUCACACACAUCAUAUAAUUAAGGUUCUCCUGCAAGACUCAUAACUUUUUAGAAUAGAUUUCUACAGAGUAUACUUCCUUAUUAAAGCUUAGAAAAUUCCUACAUGGCCAAGGCUUGUGAAUAGACAGGCACACUGUUUUUAUGCUCCCCGAAAAAUUUCGGGUGAGCAUAAUUAUAGUCGGCGCCUUGUCCGUCUUUCUGUCCGUUGUCUUGUCCGGAGCAUAACUUGAAAACCCUUGGAGAUAAUUUGUUGAAACUUCAUACAGUGGUAGAGGGCAUUGAGGGGGAGUGCAGUGUCAAAGAACCAUAACUCUAUUUUGCCCGGUUUUUGAAUUAUCUCCCCUUAUAGAAAAAUCUUGUCCGGGGCAUAACUCUAAAACUGUAAGAGAUAUCAACAUGAAACUUUGUAGGUGAAUAGAUCUCAAUGGGUAGGUGUGUAGUGCAUAAGAACAAUCACUCUUUUUGUCCUAAUUUUGGAGUUAUUGCCCUUUGUUAAUUUUAACACUUUGAACUUUGUCCGGAACAUAACUCUAAAACUAUAAGAGUUAUCAAGAUGAAACAUUGUAGGUAGAUAGAUCUCAUUGAGUAGAGGUGCAGUGUAAAAGAACCAUAACUCUGUUAAGCCUCAUUUUUUAAUUAUCUCCCCUUUUAGAAAAAUCUUGUCCAGGACAUAGCUGUAAAACUAUAAGAGAUACCAACAUGAAACUUUGUAGGUAGAUAUAUCUCAAUGGGUAGAUGUGCAGUGCACAAGAAUCAUAACUCUGCCUUGCCUAAUUCUGGAGUUAUUGCCCUUUGUUUAUUUUUACUUUUUUGAAGUUGUCCGGGACAUAACUCGGAAAUCAUAAGAGAUAUCAUCAAGAAACUUUGUAGGUUGAUAGAUCACAUUGAUUAGAAGUGCAGUGCAAAUAACAGUAACUCUGCCUUGCCUAAUUUUGGAAUUAUUGCCCUUUGAACUUUUUCCAGGGACAUAACUCUGAAACUACAAGAGGUGUACUUUCCUGUGUCCAAAACCUAUCGGGGAGCAUCACCCGGCUCAAACCGGGCUCUUGUUUUAUGAAAUUUAUUAAUUAAAAACUAUGUUAUUGCCUUAUUAAUAUACUUUUAAAACUUCAUGUAAAUUAUGGGAAUGGAUUUAUGAAAUGUUUUUCAAUGCAAUUAUAUUUAAAUGCAAUGGUUGAUGAUAAAGGGGAAUGAAAUUGAUUUUAUUUUGAUUUUUUUAAUGAAAUUUGUCUUUUUUAUUGAUUUUUUUUGUUUGUUUUAGGAUUAUGAAACUUCUAUUUUGUAAUUAUAUAGAAAAGCAACUUUUCAACAAUAUAUUUAUAUAGAAUUUGUUGCUCAAAUGUGAAAUUUAAUUAAGUUUAACAUCAAAUUUUUGCAAAUUGAUAAGAUAAGUAGCUUAUCCCAUUCUAAUGGUUAAUGAUUUUUUAAGAAAAAAUAAUUGCUACUGAAAUUUUGAGAGCACUCAUUUUUAAAAUGGUUUCUAAUAAUUUAUAUUUAUAUUAGUGUUUUUAACUCUUUUAAACUUUGCUGUUUAUGUUUAAUAAUUUUUAAAUACAUAAAGCAAGUAACCCUUUUAAAAUUGCUGGAAAUGACAGUUUUUGCCUUGAUCAGGCUCUACAUUUUAGGUUGCUCAAUUUUUAUAUUUUGAUAUGGAAAUCUCUACUAUUUCAAAUGGACUGUUCCAUAUUCGAGGUUGUACAGGUUAGGGUUAUUGCAUAUAUUUAUUAAAUGUACUUGCUUACUUAAUUCAUCAUUUUUUUUAAUUAAUUAAUCAUUUAAUUGAUUUAUUGAUCAGAUUAUAUGUUGUAUCAACACCCUAGUAUCCCAGCAAUAAUGAUGUAUGAUUUAUUAGUUAAUUUAUUAUAUGUAUUAAUGUUAAUAUUAUAAAUUGUUUAAUAAUCAUAUUUCACAGUUUUAAAUUGUUAUUUUGGUUGGGUUUGGUUUUAAGUCACACCAACACAGUAAAGGUCAUAUCGUGAUUUUCCAGCUCUUUACUGAUGGAGGAAGUCAAGAGCACCUGAGUAGAACCACUGACGUAAUUUAGUUGGAUAGCUUUCUCACAUGAAAGAAUCUGAAAUCUCUGACGAGAUUCUAACUUACACUGAUGAAAGGCAAAUGGUUUGAAGUCAAGGACUGUUGUUAAGAAAUAAUGGAUAUUCAACAAUAUUUGAUCAGUUAUUAAAAAAAUGAGCUGAUUAAAAAACCAUAAGAAGAAAAGUAAAAGGUUUUGAGCACAUGGUGAUUUAUUUAUUUCUUUCAUAUAAAAGAUCCAUAUUUUCAUUAUUUAUAAUUGUAUGAAAAUAUCUAUGUGUUAUUGUUUAAACAACAAUAUUUGUUAUCAAAAUAUCAGAGAUUUUCAGUAUGUAAUUGUAUCAGCAGUGGGAGUGAAUACUACCAGCUGUGUGUUAUAAUAUGUUAAUUUGAGAAAAUUAUGUUAGUAAUUGUAUGUUAAUAUGAAAAUUACUGCACAAUUUUAAUAGAUAAAGGACAUAUUUUAUGAAAGGUUGUUAAAGAAAGGAGUGAACAAUUCUUAACUAUUUUGUUAUUGUAUGUAUAUCUCUAUGUCUUCUGCCUAUACAUACGUUGUAUGUGUGUGCUGUAAACAUAUAUUGUAUGUUUAAUGCAAUAAAUUUAUUUGAGUUUUAGUAUUAAACUCAUUCCAUUUUGUAGAGUAAAUGUAACUUAGCUUUUGUUAGUGUUGUAUUUUAGAUCAUUAUAAUUAUACCAAUAAUAAACUUGUGAAACUUAU